AUUUAGGGUUUUGGGCGACCCUUAAAGGAAAUACGCAAGAAAGGAGGAACCCUCUUCCGAAUGCACCGCAUGACCCGUUCCUGGUUUUCCCGAUUCUAUGGUUCUUGAAGGCGCUCCUCCCCACCUCGAUGCUCUGUCCUGUCCUGUACCCUUCUUCGAAGCUGCGCGGAGAGGACCCUGAUACGGCGUGACCCAGGUCGGUGGUGGUCGAGCGCCAUGAACGCGGUCGGGGUCGUCGUGGAAGGAGGCCAGAGGGCUCUCAGUUCGGCCCACGGCGGCGUUCUUGAUAGUGGGUCGAGGAGCUUCCUGCAGCAGCAGCAUCAGCAUCAGCAGCAGCAGCAGCAGCAGCAGCAGCCGCAGCCGCAGCCGCAGCCGCCGCAGCUCAAGAAGCAGAGCCUGAACCCGCAGUCCCAGACUGGGACCGUGCAGCAGCUCCUGGCCGGUGGCGUCGCCGGCGCUUUCAGCAAGACUUGCACGGCGCCCCUUGGUCGCCUCACUAUCUUGUUUCAGGUGCAAGGUAUGCACGCAGAUGUUGCAGCCCUGAGCAAGGCUAGCAUAUGGCAUGAGGCAUCACGCAUCGUCAAUGAAGAAGGGUUUAGGGCCUUCUGGAAGGGAAAUCUGGUUACAAUUGCUCACCGCCUUCCUUACUCUUCGGUCAACUUUUACGCUUAUGAACGGUACAAAAGUAUGUUACAGUCAAUUCUUGGGGAAAAUAGCAAAGGAAGUGCCAGUGCAGGUCUUUGUGUACACUUCGUAGGUGGUGGAAUGGCUGGAAUAACAGCUGCAAGCGCGACAUAUCCUCUGGAUCUUGUUAGGACACGCCUUGCUGCGCAGAGAAAUACAGUGUACUACAGAGGUAUUUGGCACGCAUUUCAUACCAUUUGUAGAGAGGAAGGCUUCUUGGGGUUAUAUAAAGGACUUGGAGCCACGUUGUUGGGUGUUGGACCAAGCAUAGCAAUAAGUUUCUCUGUGUAUGAGAGCUUGAGAUCUUUUUGGCAAUCUCAAAGGCCAAAUGACGCUACUGUGAUGGUCAGUCUGGCUUGUGGCAGUCUUUCAGGGAUUGCAUCAUCAACUGCUACAUUUCCUCUGGAUCUUGUGAGACGAAGGAUGCAAUUGGAAGGGGCCGGUGGUCGAGCCCGUAUUUACAAUUGCGGUUUGUUUGGGACGUUCAGGCACAUAGUCAGGACAGAAGGCUUCCGUGGCUUGUAUAGAGGGAUACUUCCUGAAUACUACAAGGUUGUCCCUAGUGUGGGCAUUGUCUUCAUGACCUACGAGACACUGAAGAUGCUUCUAUCUCAAAGUUCUACUCGGGAUUAGCCGUGUACUGCUUUCUUGUGCUGUCAAUGACUCCAUCAAGACCGUUAUGAGAAAAAUAGUAAGAAAAUUCAGUUGAUUUUAACGUAGCAAGUAGAUAGAUAGGAUGAAGAGAAUCUACAAUAUUUGUGAUGAAGUUCCAUGACGGUAAAUUUUGCUGUUACCGUCGUGAUUUUGGGGUCAAAUUUUUCUGUGCAUAAUUAGCCCGCCUUUCGGAUGUUGUACCGAGUUGAGGUUAAUUAGGUCUUUAUCUUUAAAGGAGAUUCAAAGUACCAUGAAGCUACAGAUUUGGUCUUUGCUCUUGUAAACCUGCUUGGCAGGUUAUGCAUUUAUUGAUGAGACAGUUCUGUGAAAUUCUAAUAUCAUAUAAGUGCCUUAUCAUGAGGCUAGUUUACUCUA